AUGUUGGGGCCUUGGGCUUUUGAGGCUCAAGCCGUGGUGACCGAGCACGUGCUGACAGGACCACUAGCUCGCUAUCGCCAUGGCUCCUUGGAUGAGCUUGGCGGCCAGGUGGUGCUAAUGAAGCUCUGUGUCUCAAACGCUUUGGCGGGCAGCAUAAUUGGGCGAGGCGGACACAACCGCGACCAGCUUCAGCUCAUUUCUGGUGGCGCUCGCAUCCAGUUAUCAAGGCCAAAUGAGCUAUACUCUGGCACGUCGGAUAGGGUGUUAGUCCUGACAGGGACCCUGGGUUCCUGCAUAACGGCCCUGUUUGCGAUUUCUGGCUGCCUUGGAAUGCCGGGACCGCUACCGUUGGAGGCCGUUUUUAUGGGUGUCAGCACCCAAUGGAAACUCAUCCUGCCGUCUAGCGUUUGCGGAUAUAUUCUCGGCGCUGGAGGUCGAACCGUGCGGGCCAUCACGGCGCAAGCCGAUGCGAACAUUAGCAUUUCCGCAGAACCUGAUAGGGACGCGGAACUGCCAAGAGAGCGGAUCGCAACGAUUUCAGGCGGCUGCUUGCAAACUCUUCGCGCAAUGGGCAUAAUUGUUGACAAGCUGCUUACCAGGCCAUUUUUAGAGCCGGGUGAGCCUUCGUUCGAGGGGCAGUUUCCAAGCAGUCGUAUGGCCCUCCUGGCGCGGACCGGGCACCUCAGGAAUCCGCCAGGCCUGCUGCAACGACACAUGCCGCCGCAUUUGCUGCAGCAACAACAACAUCAGCAGCAACCGCAACCCCAGCAGCAGCAACACCAGCAGCCACCUACGCUCACGACAGCGCAGGGGCCGCCCCUCUACGCCCAGCCUCCAGCCCCCGGGACGUCUGCUUUUGUCUAUUUUCCUUUGCAGCAGCUGCAGCCCGCCCCAGCGCCGGUGCUGCCCCUGACGGCUGCGCCUGUCGGCAUGGCGCACGCGCCUUUGGCUGUCCCGGUCGCAGCGGCUCCUCCUGGCCCCAGCGCUAUGCGCGCCCUGCCGAGGAUGCCCAGCUUGCCCAUUGCGACCGCUGUGGCAUCUGCGGCCAUGGCGCCGCCUCCGUUGCCCGCCCCCGCGCCCCUGCCCCCCCAUGCUGGCGGUCCGCUCCCGCCGCCUCCUGCACCGCCGGGGGUUCAGCCGGGCCAGCCGGAUGUCUUGGGCCCGCGGCUGGAGGUCAGCAUCGAGGUGCCCGAGAACCGCGUCGGCUUGCUGAUAGGCCGGGGAGGUGAGACUCUCCAUUGGAUGCAGCGCCUGUUGAACGUCAGCAUCAACAUUGCUCGCCGGCCGCCGCCACCUGCUGGCGAGGGUCCGCUGCCCGACGCCCUGCGGCGUGUUACGAUUUCUGGGGCUCGGAACGCGGUCAACAUCGCGCACGCGUUUAUCCUGCAACGUCUGACGGGCUCUCGAGGGGCCGGUGGUGGUGGUGGCGGUGGUGGCGGCGGCGAAGGCCUGGCGCGGCAUUAG